UGGACUUUAUUGCAAAUGAUUGCAUUUUUUUUGUACUACAACAUAACCGCGACUUUGCGUUAUCGCCACAAUUAAAGUUUAAAGAACAGAAAAUUUUUUAAUAUUUUUUUUUCAGUGUAGUAACAGUCCUUAUUAUUUUUAACGUUCAAUGUUACAACGUUUAAACAAAUGGUGAAUGUCUAGUAAUAGUAUUUAAUAACAGUAAAAUGUUUCUUGUUAAAUUCCGGCAGAUAAAUAAGGUGAAGGCGUGAUUCAAGAAAAAAGGAACUAUUAGUAAUAAAAAUGAGUAUUAUUACUGAUGCUCAUCUUGUAAUGUAAAUUUACCUACAUCAAAAAUUUGAUUUAAAAAAAAUCAAAUAAAAACGUCAACAGGCUGCUUUGUCAACUGUUUAUCAAAUAAAUAUGUAUAUGUAUAUAUAUUCCAUACAUUUAUGAAUUUGAAAAAGUUCAGUCGUUUCCGUGAACAAACCAGGAGACAAGAAUAUUUAAUCCUAAAAACAAUAAUUGAAAAUGUUUAUCGAGAAGAUUAAAUGGAGCUUUUUUCAAAGACAAAUAUAGUAAUUAAAGAUACACAUAUUUCUAUUUUCGUUUUGUGGAUACAAACAUAACCUAAAAUUUUCAAUAUUUUUCGUCAUUUUGUUCUCACUUUCUCAGAAUACGCAGGAUUGAGUAAUAACGGAAAAAGUUUAAUCUUACGUUAGAAGGUGCAUAUUGACCCGGGUAAAUCGGGCAAUAUGAAUAAAUACAAGUGCCAUGAGGGUAAAAAUUAUUGGAUUUAAAGAUAUAGAAGAUUUUGAAAUUCAGUGGCAUGGGCAAUUGUUUGUGCAAAGAUUCUUCUGACGAUCAUCAGCCUUAUACCAGCAAUAAUCAUGCUACUUCAGCAAAUACAAUUUUACCAAAUAGCAAUGUUGACCUCAUCUCAAGCUCAGAUGAGGACUCGACAGGCUUUAAAUUUCCAACUUCUGUCAUCAUUGACAAAUUAGUUCUUGAAACACUUGGAGUAAUUGGUCUUUUGGUGGAUAAUGAACAAGAACCACCACCGGCAAUGUUAAAAUUACACUCGAUUGCUGAUAAAGAAGACGGUUGGAUAGAAGUAGUUAGUUCAAUGGUGAACGUCAUUCCAAUGCAUAAUUCACUAGGUCCUUCAGUAAUGACACUACUGCUCGAUGACUGUCCAUUACCAUCAAAAGACUCGGUAAUGAGACUAUCUCAAUUAUUUCAAUUGUCUCAAAAGGCAGGGAAGUCAAAAAUUAGUGCGACUCAACAACGAAAUAUAUGUGUUGUACUUGCCUGUAUUGCUGAAAAAUUAGCUGGACCUAGCAGUAUAGCAAUUCUAUCUGAUGCUACAUUAGAUUAUUUGGUGUCAAAUCUGAGAAACGACGUCGAACCUUACGUGGUGCUUCAUUCACUAAUUGGGUUGGAAAAGUUCGCACAAACAAGUGAAAACAAAAUAACAAUAAAGAAACGACUUUUAGCAGAAAACCCAAAUCCUUUAUUAGAACUAGAAAAAUGGGUGAAUGCAACUAAUUACGUUAAACGCCAAGUCGGCUUCUGUGCUCAAUGGUCUUUAGAUAAUUUGUUUUUAAUGGAAGGUCGUAAAUAUUCUCAUGACACAGUUGAUAUGACAGGUAUAAAUGUAAUGCUAAAUACAAAGGAUGUAAGCGAGUAUUUGAAAAUUUCACCCAAUGGUUUAGAGGCACGUUGUGACGCAUAUUCUUUCGAGAGUGUAAGAUGCACAUUUCAAGUUGAUACUGGAGUUUGGUAUUAUGAAACUCUAAUUGUAACUACUGGAGUUAUGCAAAUUGGUUGGGCCACUAAAGACAGCACUUUUCUUAAUCAUGAGGGUUACGGCAUUGGGGAUGAUCAGUAUUCUUUAGCUUACGACGGUUGCAGAAGACUUAUUUGGCAUAAUGCUCGGAGUGAAAAGUAUCAUGACAACCCUUGGAAAGCUGGAGACAUAUUAGGCUGUCUUUUAGAUUUAAACAAACCAGAAAUUAUAUUCUCUAUUAAUGGCGUACCAUUAAAGCCCUGCACUCAAGUUUUUAAGACUGCAAGAUCAGGAUUUUUUGCCGCAGCAAGUUUCAUGUCAUUUCAGCAAUGUCUGUUUAAUUUCGGCAAUAUUCCAUUUAAGCAUCCACCACAGGACCGUGAAUUUCAAACAUUUAAUGAUUUCGCGUCACUUGAUCCUGAAGAUAAAUUGGUUUUGCCAAGGCACAUUUAUUUGGAGCAAUUACGGAAAAUGAGUGUCAGAGAAGAUUCGUGUACCUUAUGUUUCGAUCAAAAAGCUUGUGUGAGAUUGCUGCCUUGUGAUCAUCGAGGUUUCUGCGAAUUGUGUUCGAAACAAUUGGUUGAGUGUCCUAUGUGUCGAGCUGUUAUUCAGGAAGUAGCAACCGAUAACAGUCAGUUAAGUUAGCGUUAAUUAAUUAAUAAAUUCUAAUUUUCUCGCGAUAUUUCAUUCUUCAGUAAUGUUUACAAAUAAUCAUCGACUUACCAAAUAAUCAUGUUAGUAACAAUGGAACUGUAUUCGUAUUGUUUCAUACUUUUCUUUUCCAUAAAAGAAUUGAACUAAUUAAACGAAAUUUGAGGUACAGAGCAAAACAAUUAUUAAAUGAAACUGCUAUCUUUUGUCUAAA